GCAACAAUUUGGUCGUGUGCUCUCUCUGUUAGCAAAAUAGAAGAGUGCUGUUGCAAAUACCGAGACAAAAAAUAGGUUAUAUUUUGCUUUUGUGGCAUCGCCAUAAAAGCUUUCUGAAUAAAAAGUGCAAUUAAUUUAAUUCCUACGCGACAAAUUUUAAAAUCAUGGUCAUGGCUAAGGCGCAUAGUGCUUCCACACCAUCUGUCGUUUGUAGGGAAAAUGUUUGCCGCGUUCCAGAAACAAUAAAUUUUACAGCAGAGGAGGUGCGUACAUUGGAAGUGUGGCGAAAGAGCAAAAUAUUUGAACAGUGUAUGCAAUUAUCAAAGGGAAAGCCAAAAUAUACAUUCUAUGACGGUCCACCAUUUGCUACUGGACUACCGCACUAUGGUCAUAUUUUGGCAGGCACCAUUAAGGAUAUUGUUACCCGGUAUGCAUAUCAACAGGGAUAUCAUGUGGAUAGACGUUUCGGUUGGGAUUGCCAUGGUUUGCCGGUUGAAUUUGAAAUAGAUAAGCUUUUAAACAUCCGUGGCCCAGAAGAUGUUGCUAAAAUAGGAAUUAAAGCAUACAACGCUGAAUGCCGGAAAAUAGUCAUGCGUUACGCUAACGAGUGGGAAGAAAUUGUUACUCGUAUGGGACGUUGGAUUGACUUUAAGAACGAUUACAAAACGCUUUAUCCUUGGUAUAUGGAAUCGAUAUGGUGGGUUUUUAAACAAUUAUUUGACAAGGGAUUAGUUUAUCAAGGAGUAAAGGUGAUGCCAUAUUCAACGGCAUGCACUACUGCGCUCUCCAAUUUCGAAUCUGGCCAAAAUUACAAGGAAGUAGUCGAUGUUUGUGUAGUGGUGUCACUAAAGGCAAUUAAUUUGCAAAAUACGUACUUCCUCGUAUGGACAACAACGCCAUGGACUUUACCAUCCAACUACGCUUGUUGUGUUAAUCCUAACAUGAUAUAUGUUAAGGUACUGGAUAAAGCAACUGCUCGAGUAUAUGUUCUUGCUGAAUGUCGUCUAAAUUAUGUCUAUAAAAAUGAAAAUGAAUACGAAAUUUUAGAUAAAUUUCCUGGAUGCACCCUAGCUAAUCAACCCUACGAACCUGCAUUUCCCUAUUUUAAGCAGAGGGGAAUUGAAGAUAAUGCUUUUCGUGUACUUAUAGAUGAUUAUGUAACAGAAGAUUCGGGCACUGGAAUUGUACACAAUGCACCGUAUUUUGGCGAAGAUGAUUACCGUGUUUGUCUUAAGGCGGGUAUUAUUUCAAAAUCAAGUGUCAUAAUAUGUCCAUUAGACGACUCCGGCCGGUUCACAAAUGAAGUUAAAGAUCUAACUGGUUUAUACGUAAAAGAUGCCGAUAAGAAAAUAAUAUCUAUGCUGAAGGAUAGUGGAAGUGUUGUUUCAACAGGGAAGGUUAAACAUAGCUACCCAUUCUGUUGGCGUUCAGAUACACCACUUAUUUAUAAAGCUGUGCCAUCGUGGUUUGUACGCGUCGAGCAUAUGUCGAAAAACUUAUUGGCUUGCAGCUCUCAAACAUAUUGGGUACCAGAAUUUGUACGAGAUAAACGAUUUGGGAAUUGGUUAAAAGACGCAAGGGAUUGGGCUAUUAGUCGCAAUCGUUAUUGGGGAACACCAAUACCAAUUUGGCGAUCGCAUACAGGAGAUGAAACUGUUUGUAUUGGUAGUAUCAAGCAAUUGGAAGAGUUAUCAGGCAAGAAGAUUGCGGAUCUACAUCGUGAGACAGUUGAUGAAAUAGAAAUUCCAUCUGCGAUACCUGGGCGACCGCCAUUGAAGCGAAUUUCUGCUGUUUUUGAUUGCUGGUUCGAGUCUGGUUCCAUGCCAUUUGCUCAACAGCAUUUUCCUUUUGAGAACGAAAAAGAUUUUAUGAAUAAUUUCCCAGCCGAUUUCAUUGCCGAGGGCAUUGAUCAAACGCGUGGUUGGUUUUAUACACUGUUGGUCAUUUCUACAGCUUUAUUCAAUAAAGCGCCUUAUAAAAAUUUAAUUGCCAAUGGCCUAGUGUUGGCGGCAGAUGGUCAAAAAAUGUCGAAACGUAAGAAGAACUAUCCUGACCCCAUGGAGGUAGUCAACAAAUACGGCGCCGAUGCAUUGCGUUUGUAUUUAAUAAACUCGCCUGUAGUACGUGCGGAAAAUUUAAGAUUUAAGGAAGAAGGUGUACGGGAUAUAAUUAAAGAUGUUUUCUUGCCGUGGUACAACGCGUAUCGGUUUUUACUGCAAAACAUUGCUCGCUUUGAGAAAGAAGAUCUAAAUGGUGAGCAGUUGUAUACAUACACUAAGGAACGCCAUCUGAAAGAUAUUGGUGAAUCGUCUGUGCUUGAUAUUUGGAUAAUAUCCUUCAAGGAGUCACUGGUGGAUUUCUUCUCUAAAGAAAUGAAACAGUACCAUUUAUACACGGUGGUGCCACGGUUAACCAAGUUUAUAUAUCAAUUAACUAACUGGUAUGUACGUUUGAAUCGUCGACGUAUCAAAGGCGAACUUGGCAAGGAUCAGUGUAUAAAAUCAUUAGAUACACUGUAUGACGUACUCUAUUCAAUGGUUCAAAUGAUGGCGCCAUUCACACCGUUCCUUUCCGAAUACAUUUUCCAACGUUUGUUACUAUUUCAACCAGUUAAUGCUGUUGCAAAUCCAACAUCAGUGCAUUAUCAGUUAAUGCCGGACUGCAAUCGCAACUUUAUACGUUCCGAUAUUGAGAAAUCGGUAAGCUUAAUGCAGUCAGUUAUCGAAUUGGGUCGUGUAAUGCGUGACCGACGUACACUGCCAAUCAAAUAUCCUGUCUCGGAUAUAAUUGUUAUACACAAGGAUGAGGAUAGCCUUUCUGCUAUCAAGAGUCUGGAAACGUUCAUUUUGAGUGAGUUAAAUGUGCGCAAGUUGACUGUAAGUUCAGAUAAGGAGAAAUAUGGCAUAACUUUACGCGCAGAACCGGAUCAUAAGGUUUUAGGUCAGCGUUUAAAGGGUAAUUUUAAAUCCAUUAUAUCAGCUAUGAAACAGCUUAAAGAUGAUGAAAUACAAUUACAUCUGUCAAAUGGCUAUUUCGAAAUAGUCAACCAGCGCAUUGAACUCGAAGAAGUGCGGAUUAUAUACUGUGUUUCAGAGAAGAUUGCUGCAAAUAUGGAGGCGAACAGUGACAACGAAGUACUUGUGCUUAUGGAUAUGACUCCGAGUCCUGAAUUGCUCGAAGAGGGUUUAGCACGUGAAUUUAUAAACCGCAUACAAAAACUUAAGAAAAAGGCACAACUCAUACCAACGGACCCGGUUGUAAUUUUUUAUAAGUUAACUGAAAAUUUUGGUGAAAGCCAUCAGUUAAGUAAAAUUAUUGGUAAACAUGAAAGCAUGAUUAAAGCCAGUAUUAAGUCGGAAUUGCUUCCCUUCAGUAUGGAAGAAACCGCUAAAUGGCGUGUAAUUAUCACUGAAAAUACAGACAUUAAAGGUGUGAAUAUAGAACUAACCAUUUGUACAAAUGGAAAUGAAAAUGCGACACCAUUUAAGUGGGUGAAUUUUAUUCUAUCUGAAAAAAUAAGUCCACGGUUUAAUCAGGGAAGAAAAGCCAGUAUAUUACUUGAGAAUAGUACUACAAAUAAAUUCAUUACGCUAUCACAAAUAUACGACGAGAUAAAUACAAUAUUUGGUCUUUUCGGCUUAAAUUACAGCAUCUACUCAAUUAACAACCGAAAACAAAUUGAAGCGUCGGAUGUAAAUAUUUCAUUAAAUGGAGAAACUUUGUUGGUGGGAUUCGCCUUAAACGAAACAGCUGAAUAUCAAGCCGUCAAACAGUCACAUGUUCCAUUUUGCCACUUUAAAAAUAUGAAUCAUUUUAUUUUUACGGAAAAUCCACAGGGAAAUCCUUUGCUUUGAAAGCUGAAAAUAUUAAUUUUAUGAAAUUUCAUUGGGAAUGAAUAAAAAAAAUAGACAUAAAAAA